AUGGCGAGUCCCCCAGGCAUCGUGCCCACUGCUUCUGAGUAUUCGUAUCUCGAAACCACCUAUGGCCUCACUUCUCUUGAUGGUGUGGAGUUUCCUUCACCAGAAAGCGACUGCAGCGUUCAAAUGCUGACACCCAAUGCCGUAAACAAGGUCGUCACUUUUGAGAUGAUAUGCUGGGAUAACGGUUAUCUUCCUGACUAUUUUGUGUUUAAGUAUUUCAUUUGCUUUUGUUGUACUGGUGAUAAGUUCACAUUUUCCAUUCGUCAAAGAGGACAUACCCUAGUGCCUGACGAUCGAACGCUCAAAAACUAG